AGAUUAGACAACCCGAUGCUCCGAAGGAAUACAUUUGGUUGCGAAGGUGGUGGUGCACUAGUACCAACGCGGGGAGAUUCACCUUCACCUAGACCUUUCUUUCACCAUGUAAGAGGGGAUUUGUAUAUAAAAGCUCUCUUCUGGGUAGCAAAGGCACCAGAGACCACAAUUUCACUCACAUACCUUCCUUACUCGACCGACAAACAACUAGCGUAUCGAAAUAAUAUCUUGUUUAGAAUCAACAUGAGAUCAUUAGUGAUUUUGGUGCUGGCAGCCGUGGCUAUUGCCUCGUGCAGAGAACCGAAGGGGGACAAACGAUCGUCGAGAUUACCGUUUAAAGGGAAGCGUGGCAUCGUCGAGUACUCCGGAGGAUCUUACAACUCUCCUCUCAUAAGCUCUGGAUACACCGGCGGAUACUCGUUGGGCCAUUCCUCGGGUAUCCAAAGUUUAGGAGGCGGUUCGAUGGGAUACUCCCUGGGAUCCGGAGGACUGGGGCACAACUUGGUUCAAGGGAUCGCGUUGGGAGGGCAGCACUUCGGAGGGCAAUCGUACUCCUCUCCCGGCCUCGGCUCCCUCGGCGGUGGAGGAGGCCUGUUCAGCCCACCGUCCAAAAAUGGCCCGGUCACGUUUGGCGUCCAUGGAGGAGGUGGUUCUUCGUCUUCGACCGGUUACCCGGCCCCGGUCUACGCGACAGGUCACGGACUGUCGGCGUACGGCAGCGGCUCCUCUCAUCAAGGGAUCAGCCUUUCGUCGAUGUUAGGAUCCGGUCACAGCUCCGGCUACAGCCUGCCGGCUUCGUCCCUCGGCUCGGGCCACGCCGUGUCCAUCUCUCCGGGUUACGCGGCCAGCGGGGGUUUGGUAAUCGAUUCCAGCUCCCUUGGAAAAGGAUCCUCGAGCUACAGCCUCCCGCUAUCCUCCUCCUCCCACGGAAGUUCGCCCCUGAGCAGCCUGUCAGCCUCUAGCUCCUCCAGUUACGCUCUCCCGAUAUCCUCGGGAUCCUCUCACUCCGGCAUUUCUGCCCUUCACUCCAGUUCCACAGGUAGCUACUCCCUGCCGGUCUCCUCUGGAUCCAUAGGGGGACACGUAAGCCUCUCCGGCGGAUCCUCGGACAGCUACUCCCUUCCUGCCUCGUCUAUCUCGCACCCUUACGUAACAUCCGAUGCUUCCUCCUCCUCCUCCUCCUCCUCGGGAAGUUCCAGCUACUCGAGUCCGUCCUCCAGCUAUUCCGCGCCCGCUUCCGGAUCUAUAUCCAGCUACUCGAGCCCUGCCUCCUCCUACUCCAGCUCGGGUUAUUCCAGCACAUCGAGCAGCUAUUCCCCUAUCUAUUCGGUUCCUUCGACGUCGUACGGUACCCCGAUGGAAUCGCACGGCUCGUACUCGAAUCUGGCGCCCAGAUACCUCGAGUAUCCCGGCUCGAAGAGCUACGAAGAUUCCACGAGCAACAAGUACGACACGAUUUCGUAUUCGAGUCCGAGUGGGAAGUAUUAAUAUCGUUGGUAGGAGGAUCGGAUGCUCGGAUGUCCGCGAGAGGAGGUGGAUCUCGUAGACCGAUCGUGUCUUGACCUGGGUUCUUCCGUGUCCAUCCAUCGAUCCAUCCGAUCGUAUAGGAUGCCGUUCUAAUUUAUAUAUUUUUACGUUUCUAGAAUUAAUUAUAUUAUUUAAAACGCCGUUUUGCGUAUUUAUAUUAAUUGUGAAUUAAUUUGUACGAAGAGUUCCGCAACAUCGAUAUUUCUUCGUUCGAUAUCGAUGUUCAUAGUUUUAUACAUAUUCUUGUUUGUAAUAAAGCGAUUCCUUUUUGUAACCGUUUCA